AUGCAGGAAGCAGCUGGAGUCCUGAAGGAGGGCUUCCUCGUCAAACGGGGACAUAUUGUUCGUAACUGGAAAGUGAGAUGGUUCGUUCUGCUUCAGGAUAAGCUGCUGUAUUACAAAAUUGAAGGAGGCAAGAAGGAGCCUUCUCCAAAGGGCAGGAUCUUUUUGGAUGGCUGCACUAUUACUUGUCCAUGCCUGGAGUAUGAGAACAGACCGCUACUCAUCAAACUAACAACAAAAACCAACACAGAUUAUUUCCUUGAAUGUUGCUCCAGGGAGGAGCGAGACUCUUGGGCUUUGGACAUCACUGGAGCUAUUCAUGCUGGUCACCCAGUACAGGUGCAAGAGCUUCACAGAAUGAAGAAGUCUUUCAAACUGCUAGAGAAUAUCAGCCUCCACCACAUAGUGGAGAGAAUGUGUGACAGCAGUGCUGGAAUUAAGCUGACCCGCAACUUGGAGCAAGGCAACAGAUACAAAGAGACCUUCACAGGUUCUGCCUUGGUGGACUGGCUCAUCUCCAAUAGCUUUGCGGUAUCACGGUUCGAGGCUGUCACCUUGGCAUCCAUGCUGAUGGAGGAGAACUUCAUCAAGCCCGUGGGAGCCCGCAGCAUUGAGGCCACGCGCUACAGCGACCUCUCUGAGCAGUUCCUCGACGACUCCACCGCACUGUACAUGUUUGCUGAGAGCAGUAAGAAAAAUACCAGUUCCAAGGAAGAGCUACAAUUUAACAUCUCUGAAUUAAGCGGCACAAUUGUGAAGCAAGGAUUCUUAGUGAAACAGGGGCACAAGAGGAAAAACUGGAAGGUGAGGAGAUUUGUUCUGAGAGCUGAUCCUGCUUUUUUGCACUACUAUGACCCCACUAAGGAAGAAAACAGGCCAGUAGGUGGAUUUUCUCUUCGUGGCUGUCUUGUCUCAGCACUGGAGGACAAUGGAGUCCCAGCAGGAGUGAAGGGCAAUGUGCAAGGCAACCUCUUCAAAAUCAUCACCAAAAAUGACAUUCAUUAUUAUAUCCAGGCCAGCUCCAAGGCAGAGCGAGCACAGUGGAUUGAGGCAAUCAAACCACUGACAUGAGUAAGGUGGACUCCAUUUCAAAUGACAAGUCACAUUUGUGACCAAGUUUCCUGCUCUCAUUGUCUGGGAAUGUUG